AUGAUGUUCCUUCCUCGAAAAUCAACUGCUCUAUCAUGGAUAUCUACCACAAUAACAAGGCCCGCCCUUGCCUCAGCAAAAGGAUCAAUUCCAACCUGGACGAGAGGAUAUUCCCAACCUCGGCAAUUUGGAGAUGAACCGUCGGUCGCAAACAACGACCACAAAGGCCUUGUGAAGGAUAUUGGUGCUGCAAAAGCUGCAAUUAGACUCCCGGCAAGUCGUUUGAAUCAAUUGCAUGACCGGAAUAUCGAUGUCCACUACAUUCAACUACGCGACGCAUGUCAAUGUCCCCGCUGCGUUGACCCGCAGACCAAACAGCGUUCUUUCAGAACGGCUGAAAUUCCCGAGGAUAUAGCUCCUCGCCAGAUACGAUGGGUACAGGACUCGUGCUCAGAUGGAGAAUCAAAGGAAGUGCUAGAAAUAUCUUGGAACAAGGACGUCCCAGGCUACAACGACAAAACGCACGUGACGAGACUCACGGCAGACGAAAUCUCACACCCAUCAGCAUACUUCCACCACAAGACCGUGGGAAUCGGCAAACAUCAGAUAUUCUGGGAUCGUGACGAAAUGGAAAAGCAUCAACCAUGGAUCAAUUAUAACGACUGGAUGUCAAACAAUGAUUUAUUCCGAGAUGCUCUCAACAAGUUAUCUCUAUACGGCCUCCUAUUCGUAGAGAACAUCCCCGACUCACGUGAGAUGGUCAGUAAUAUAGCUACUCGAAUGGGCCCACUGCGCAACACCUUUUACGGGUCAACCUGGGAUGUACGAAAUGAUCCCAAGGCAAAGAAUGUCGCAUACACCAACCUCAAUCUGGGGUUCCAUAUGGAUCUGCUCUAUGUCCACAACCCACCGGGUUAUCAGUUGUUGCAUUGCCUAAGAAACUCAUGUGAAGGAGGGGAAUCGCUAUUUGUAGACGCGUUUGGUGCCGCCAGGGAUCUGGACCGCAAGUCAUGGGAGACGUUGUCCGCGCACAAUGUUCCGUAUCAUUACAACCAUAAGGAAAAUUAUUACCGGACUACACGACCUGUUCUUGAAAUACCGGACAAUGGCAACUCUGCCAAUGACAGAACAUUGACUCACGUCAACUACUCUCCUCCCUUCCAGGGACCAUACCACAUCAAGUCAUCAGAAUCUCCUGAAUGGCCUGUCAAGAUGAAAGAUUAUCUCUCCGCAAUCCGAGAAUUCGAAAAGAGAAUUGAGGAUCCCCAGCGCAUCUUUGAGCUCAAGUUGGAGCCUGGUCAGUGUGUUAUAUUUGAGAAUCGACGGGUGUUGCAUGCGCGCCGCGCGUUUGAUACAUCGUCCGGCGAGAGGUGGUUGGCUGGGACUUAUGUUGAUGAAGAUGCUGUGCAUAGUAAGAUGUUUAUUUUGAAGAGGAACGCUGGGGAGUUCGCCGAAGGAUCAUGGUGA